AUGGACCGACGCUUGACGCGUCGCUCUACCUCUCGGCACCGCUCCCGACGAAGUCCAUCGUACUGUCGGCGCACCCGAUCCCGGUCGACCUCCCGGCACCGUGCUGGUUGUAGGUCCUGCUCCCGAUCUCAGCACCGGUUCGACUCCCGGCACCGUUCUCCCGCACCGCCUGUCACCCAGCACCGGUCAUACGGCCUGUGCGCCCUGCCUUGGCCGUCGAGACACCCUUCAGGUUCCUCGCGGCCAGACAGUGCGCUCUAUGGAGAUGUGGACCAGGAUGAGGCAGUGGCGGGCACUUCGACCUCUGGCCCACCCCCCAUCGACCUUCGGGCUCACCAGGACCUGCUCCGCAGAGUGGCGUUGAGCAUCAACCUCCAGGCAGAGGAGGUUCCAGAGCAUGGCCGGGGCUCUGCCCUGCGCGAUGUCGCGAACCGCCUGCGGGUGCGAGCGCUGCGGGCUCGGGGGCUUGCUGGGGCAGGCCACCCCACGUCCUGUUGCAGCGCUGCUGAGAUCGCGGCGGUGCUGUUCUUCCAGGCCAUGCGCUACUGGGCCCGCCAGCCGGCGCACCCCAGCAAUGACUGCUUUGUCCUCUCCAAGGGCCAUGCUGCCCCCUUGCUCUAUGCCGCCUGGGCUGAGGCCAGCUUCCUCAAGGAGCCAGAGCUGCUGAAUCUGCGCAAGAUCAACAGUGACCUGGAGGGACACCCCACCCCAAGGCUGCCCUUUGUGGAUGUGGCCACGGGCUUGCUGGGGCAGGGCCUGGGCGUGGCCUGUGGGAUGGCCUACAGUGGCAAGUACUUCGACAGGGCCAGUGGGUGGAGCUGGGGUGUAGAAGAUGCGGAGAACUGGCACGGCAAGCCCAUGCCCAAGGACAAGGUGGAGUCCAUCAUCGGUGCCAUCCAGAGCCAGAUCCAGACCCACGAGGUGCUGGUGCCGCAGCCGCCCAUUGAGGACGUCCCACAGAUCAGCAUCGCAGGCAUCUGCAUGCCCUCGCCCUCUGAAUACACCACUGGGGACAAGGUGGCCACGCGGAAGGCCUACGGUGUGGCCCUGGCAAAGCUGGGUGCUGCCAGCGAGCAUGUGGUGGCCUUGGAUGGGGACACGAAGAACUCCACCUUCUCCGAGCUGUUCAAGCAGGCACACCCCGAGCGCUACAUUGAGUGCUACAUCGCCGAGCAGAACAUGGUCAGCGUGAUUCUGGGCUGCGCCGCCAGGGACCAGGCCGUGGUCUUCGCCAGCACCUUCGCUGCUUUCUUCACACGUGCCUUUGUCCACAUCCGCAUGGGCGCCAUCUCCCAGAGCAACCUCAACCUGUGCGGCUCCCACUGCGGGGUCUCCAUCGGGGAGGACGGCCCCUCGCAGAUGGCCCUGGAGGACAUUGCGAUGUUCCGAGCCAUUCCCGGCUGCACUGUCUUCUACCCCAGCGACGCCGUCUCCACGGAACGUGCCGUCUGCCUGGCUGCCAACACCAAGGGCAUCUGCUUCAUCCGGACCAGCCGCCCAGAGACCCCGGUCAUCUACCCGCCAGAGGAGACCUUUGAGAUCGGCCAGGCCAAGGUUGUGCACAAAAGCGACGCUGACAGGGUCACGGUGAUUGGAGCCGGGGUCACGCUGCAUGAGGCUCUGGCUGCUGCUCACGAGCUCGCCAAGCAAGGCACCCACAUCCGGGUCAUCGACCCCUUCACCAUCAAGCCCUUGGAUGCAGCCACCAUAGUCAACAGUGCCCAGGCUACCGGAGGGCGCAUCAUCACCGUGGAGGAUCAUUACACAGAGGGUGGGAUUGGGGAAGCCGUGGCUGGGGAGCCUGGCAUGGUACUCCAAAGCUUGGCUGUGUGCGGAGUGCCCCAGAGUGGCAAACCGGCUGAACUCCUGGACCUCUUUGGGAUCAGCACCAAGAGCAUCAUAGCAGCUGUGAAGAACACCUUUGCCAGCUAA